AAUGAUCACACUCGGUGUCGCUUGAACCGAACUGCUUCGAACAGUCUGAUUUUGAUUUUUGUUUAGUGAAACGUGCUCUUAGUUUGAAAUAAAAUCAUUUGGAUCGGCCAAUAUCCUAUUUUAAAAGAAGGGAAAAUGUCCGAUUGUGUAGAAGUUGCCAUAACUAGUGAUUCCAGUGAUCAACUAUGGAGCUGUUGCGUUUGGGACGUUCGCACGGGGACACAUCUGAUUUCGUACAAAGGCGGUGGUGCUCCGGGGGCUCACACUCUGGCCAACAUAUCCAAUCAAUACAUUUUGACGGGAAACAUGGUCAAACCGAUGCUACACAUUUGGCCAAUCAACAGACACGAAGCCAUAAGUACUAGGUUUAUUCUUCCGGGGCGGCCUACAGCAGUUGCAGUUUCACCGGAUGGUUGUUAUUGCGUCGUAGCCGUACAGGAAACCAUCAACGUCUAUCAGCUGGCCACUGGCGCUAUGCUGGCUACGAUUUCUCGGCACUAUCAGGCAGUGAACGUGCUUCGAUUUACGGAUGAUGGAACACAUUUCAUUAGCGCAGGUCAAGAUGGAAUGGUGCUGGUGUGGAGUUUGUCCCAUGUUAUUCGGGUGUUCCAAAAGCAGUCGCUUAAUGCACUGUAUUCAUUCUCCGAUCAUGCACUCCCGGUUACGGAUUUGUACGUUGGGAAAGGAGGCAUGAAAGCACUGUUCUGUUCCGUUUCUGUCGAUCGUUCCUGCAAAGUUUACGAUUUAGCAUCAGGCUCUAUGCUUUUGAAUUUGGUUUUCCAGGAGCCUCUGUCUUCCGUAACGAUGGACACGCUGGAGUCGAACGUGUUUGUCGGUACCAAUGAAGGGCCAAUCUACAGUUUCAGCCUUUUGUCCCCGCCACGUACCAAGGAGUAUCACAUGGAUCGCAAGCAGCAGCAAAAGAAUGUCUUCUUGGGACACAAAAAAGCCGUUACUUGCCUCUCGGUUUCGAUAGACGGAGAGACCCUGCUUUCUGGUGGAGCGGACGAAAAUGUGUUCCUAUGGCACACGAAAAGCCGCCAACAGUUACGAGUUAUCCCCCAUAAGGGCAUAGUCACAAAUGCGCAAUUCAUGCUAACGCCUAAGGCAAUGUUCGACCAGGAAGUCAAAUUGAAUCCCAUAUUCCAGCCGUUUCAAAAAAUGGUGUACCCCAGCGAGAAGAUCGAUGAUUUGGUUUUGGAAGUUGAAGUGAAAGACAAUGUCCGCGAUCUGAAUGUCUUCAAGGGCUUUGAUGGCUCCAGAUCCGGCAGUGCCUCCAGUGGAGGAAAUUUAUCCAAUCAACAAGACGAAAUUAUUAAGCUGAAGAAGGAGAUACAACAUUUGAAGUCGAUCAAUAAGGAAAUUUAUGAAUUUACCGUUAAGAACGUAAUGAACGACAGUUGAGCCAAUUGAGGCUGUGUACGACUGCCCUUUUUUUCAUUGAAUAAAUUUAUUUGUCGCAAACUA